GAAACUCAAUAAAAAGACCAAAAAAAAAAAAUCAAUUGCACAAUUUACAUUUCAAAUAUAACGAACCUGAGAAAGAAACAGGAUCGAGAAUUUGAGAACAAUUUUAAAGGGAGAGGGGAUAAAAUUUUGAGAACUCCAUUCGGUGCAUCCUCCAAGGGCCCCCAACACUGAUCCAGUUCGCGCCAGAAUUUUUAUUUUUUCAGUUUAAAAUGAUAAAAUUAUUUUUAGUUUAUUCGAUAUUCAUUAAUUUCAUUCAAAAUCCGAAUCAUCCAAAUUAAACUAAUUAUUCUAAUUAGGUAAUUAUUCAACAUAUUUAAUUCAACUGCUGACGUAAGUGCAUUAGUGCAAUCUAUCUCACGAUCAAACACACGUCAAAUGCAAACGAAACUAUUUAUCUCGAUCCAAUCCACCAAUCAGAUGUUGUCUUCGUGGAUUCUGAAUUUCUGAUUGGUUCGCUCAACGUUAAGUGUUUUUGUUAUCUACUUACUGAUAACACGUGUAUUGAAAUUUCCCGGAGAGGAGAUCGCGUCGUUGUACGUUACUUUCGUUUUAGAACUCAAACUACGAGAGUGAUUACUGAUAAUACUCGUAAGUUGUGCACGUUAUCGUAAUUUUAUAACGUAAAUUAGUUCACCGUGUACGUGGAUGAGGAUUUAAAAUAUCAAUCGACCGUGUUUCAAUUUCAACAUACAAAAUGCCACAAAGACUCGUACUGGCCGAAGAAGUCGUAUUCUUGUGGAAUAAAUUCGAUAAACUGAAAAGAAAACUAAGUCGAGAAGAUCGAAAAAAGUUAUCUGUUCGUUGGGUUCAUGCAGUUCGUAAAAAUUUACUCUUUUACAAAAAUGAAAUCGAACGUAUCAAUUCAGAAUUCGUUUGUACGAACGGGACGUUAUGGAAAUAUCAAUCGAACGAGUUGAAAAAUAUUUUGAUCUGUUUGAAUCGUAUUUUAAUCAAUUUGCUAGAAAAACGAAAAGAUCGCGAGUUGAAUAUUAUCAUACUAAAACAGUACUUUAUGGGUCUCUGCAAACGAUUCGCCAUCAAACUGACUCGGUUACCGAAGUUCGUUCAUCAGAAAAAACCCGUCAAAGUGGCUAAUUCAAGAAAUGGUUUAGUAAUCUGUAACCCUGCAGAAAUCAUCAUCGACUUAACUCCAGUAUCACUACCUUUAGAAAUAAACGAGCUCCCACAACAGCCAGCAAUUGCGACCAGUACGUCUCCUGAAACUCGUCCACUCAUCUUACAAAACGAGCUCGAAGAAGAAGAACAGCCAGCAAUUGCGACCUGCAGUACAUCUCCUGAAACUCAUCCUUUCGCCUUAGAAUUACUCAAAGUGGACGAAAGUACGCGAAUGAAUUGGACGUUAAAAGCUGCGAAUCGAAAAAUCGCUCAGCCGAAGAAAAAAUCACUAAAACUGGAACAAAGUACACGGAUGAAAUCGUUUGAAGCCCCUAAUCGUGAAUUCGCUCAGCCGGAGAAAACAUCUUAUUCUGAGAGACUUUCCCAGAUACGAGCUUCGUGUAGGAAAAAGAACAAAUCAUCGUCCUUGUCGCAGAAUUAUUGGGCUGGUUCGUCGUAUUCGUAUUCUUCUUCAGCAUCCAACUCGAAGGUGUCAAGGUGUGCCAAAGUGCUGACUUCGGGAUCGUCAGGAAAUUCGCAGGCAGCUCCUUCGCGUUCGAAUGAUUUAAAAUCUGCACCUCGUACUUCUUCGUCGAGGGAUCCAGGGUCUCUGCUUAGGUGUGCUUUAAUGUCUCGUUUAUCUUUGUUGACCGAUCAAAGUUUGCAUGCGCGUGUGCGUGUGUAUGCUGAAAUGUUUCGUUCAUUGCCACCAGGAUGGCUUCCAGAUGUUCGAACGUCUCCUCUUUGCAUUCCAACAUCUCCAGGAUCAUACUCUCCAUCGUCUCCUACGUACACUCCGACCUCUCGUGUGUACUCUCCAACUUCACCGUCGUACUCGCCGACGUCGCCAUCUUACACUCCAACGAGCCCUUCGUAUUCACCUACCAGUCCUUCGUAUUCGCCAACGUCGCCGUCUUACACUCCAACGAGCCCUUCGUAUUCACCUACCAGUCUUUCGUAUUCGCCGACGUCGCCGUCUUACUCUCCAACGAGCCCUUCGUAUUCACCUAGCAGUCCUUCGUAUUCGCCAAUCAGUCCUUCAUAUACACCUACAUCGCCGUCUUUCAGUCCAGCGAGUCCUCCGAAUUCGCCUAUCAGUCCUUCGUAUUCGCCUACCAGUCCUAUGUAUUCGCCUACCAGUCCUCCGUAUUCGCCAAUCAGUUCUUCAUAUACACCUACAUCGCCGUCUUACUUUCCAACGAGCCCUUCGUAUUCACCUAGCAGUCCUACGUAUUCGCCAACCAGUCCUUCAUAUUCACCUACAUCGCCGUCUUUCAGUCCAGCGAGUCCUUCGUAUUUGCCUACCAGUCCAAUGUAUUCACCUACAUCGCCAUGUUUCGCUCCAGGGAGAAUUUCUUCGUCGAGGUAUACACCCAGCUUACCGGAUGGACCGAUGUCUUCGCCGACCAGUCCGCGAAACAGUCCUAUCAGCAGUUCGCAGCACUCGCCCUCCAGUCCUCAAAAUGCACCAUCGAGUAAGCAAAACUCGCCCUCGAAUCCGAAAUCUAGCCCGAAGUCAAUUUGGUCGCCCGAUUAGCCCUUCACAUUUGAUUUUGAAACGAAGUUCAGUCUCGGGUGCUCUUGAUAAGCAUUGAUCAAACCAUCUGUUAAUUUUGAUUUUUCUCAUCCUGAAUUUUGCAUAUUUUAAUUUUACUAUUCUGACGAGUUUGUUCCUGACAACUUAUUAUCUAUGAUUUAAUUUUUUCCCACCUAGUUUUAAUGAUACCUAUCUGUCUAUUUUAUAGAACUGUUUUAAUAUAUUGACGUUUGAUAUUUUUAAAUUUUCAAGUUUGUGAGUUUAUACCUAUUUGAUAUUUUUAUAACGAUUUAUUUACCUACAUACUUAUUUUUAUCGUUAUCUUAAGUUUGGUCAUUUUAUAAAACCAGAAUUGAGUGAAAAAUGUUCACCUUUUAUGAGUAUAUACCUACCUAUUUGAUAUUUUUACAACGAUUCAUUAUUUACCUGCAUAUUUUUAUCGUUAUCUUAAGUCAUUUUAUAAAACCAGAAUAGAGUGAAAAAUGUUCACUUUCUAACAUAGGUACACCUAAGAAGAGUAAAGUGGAACUGUAUUAAGUUACAAUAAAGU